AUGGCACCUUGUAAGCCUACCUCCAAGCCAAAGUGCGCCCCCUCACCACCUGCCACAAAACAGCAGGUGCGCACUGCAAGUGGUCGAGAGUGGCAACCAACUGAAAAAGAGAACUACCGUCUCAGCGAAUCCCAACAUGUUGUCCAUCACCAAGAAAUCAAGGAAACCCAGAUGGCAAAACAGAAGAAGAAAACCUUAAAGGCUGCCUACCAAGGGCAUCCUGACGUCUUCGAGAAAGAGCCGUCAGAGCUCCUUAGUGACAUGGACAGGCAAGAAGACACAAUGUUCUCUGAUCACAGUGUCGAUACAAGGUUGUCCAAUACUAAUAGCCUGACAUUCAGUACAGGGAAAAUCCCUCCGAGGUUGCGCAACCCAUCCAUACAUAAAACUAAAGGACCAAAAGCGCCGCAUAAUGUUGACGAGUCAACAGACAACAACGACAAUGACAACGCUGCCGACAAUGACGACAACGAUCAGUUGCCUGCAGCUCGAGGGACCAAGUGA